UGAAACGUGGUCAAAACAUGAAGAGAAUGUCACCGUGAAGUUCAAAAUAAAGUGCAAAAUUGUGUUGUUUUCCCCCAAAGAAGUUCCCUUUUUAGCGGCAUUUCAGAUGAUUUAGCACUAUGUCCAUUCUCUACUUGACCCGCCUGGUGGUAAACUUCUGGCUAGACAGCGUCACGUGCCUCGUGAGCAUCGGGGUGGUUCUCUUUACGGCCGUCUGCGUCACAGUCAGUCUCACCUUGGGCCUCUUUAUUAUUGUCCUCUACAUCUGUGGCGCCAUCGCCGGAGCAGUAUUACUAAGCAAUAGAGCCUCCGUUGCCAAAUAUAUCGAAUUCCUUGGCUUCCGGAAUUAUGUCACCAAAGAGACUCCUGAGUGUGAACUGUGCGGUGGACGACGAUGUGAACGUCAUAGAGCACACCAGUGGCGCCCACGGGAACCCUGGCGGGGAUGGAGUGUGGAUGAACAGCUUGAUAAGGCUGUGGAUCGCUUCUACACGCGUAUCCUCACAAGCUUCGUUGAGAGUUGGUUCUCCCUCGUGUCACGCAAUGAGAAUUUCGUGCAGUUGCUGAAGGAGAACCUCCGCGAGGCAACGUGUCGGCUUAUCCUGAAAAUCCGCCAAAUUGACGCACCUGUCCUCAUCACAGACAAACUCCUACCGUGUGCAUUCGCCCACCACGAAACGGUGGCUAAAAUGCUAGCUGAUGGCGUGCCUGUGGACAAGCUGUCGGCAACAUUUGUACACCAGGAACUCACCGUACAUCCAGCCACCCUCAAUCGGCGUGCUGAACUCGAAUACCUCCGUGGUGUGGCACGAUGCCUCAUGCCACGCCUCAUUAACACAGAUCAGCUGGAUAGCAAAGUUCUCGGGACGCUUCUGCGUGAGCUGCUAACGUGUUGGGUCUUCCUGCCACUCCUGGAUGCCAUUUCCGAUCCCAAUCUCAUCAAUCUCCUCAUCAUUGUGGCCACAAAUCCACGACACAGCCCCAUCAACUUCCGCGAUAGCCAACGUGUUACAUUCCUCGAAGCUUUUGCACGACGACGUGAUACCCCAUCACCACCCCCUACGACGUGGUCAUCGUGCGAUGACCUUCUGGGUGAUCAAACAAAGCUCUACUCCUUCAUGCAAUUCCUCAAGCGCGAGGGGGCCGUGGAUGUAUUGCGUUUUCACCUGGACGUUGACAAUCUCAACAGGGAAUUGCUGGAUCCGCGUGUUACGACGGAUCCGGAAAAAGUUUCAGCACUGCAGCAACAAUCGGAGAAGUUGCUCACCACCUAUCAGACGCAGAUGCAGAAGGAAUUUGGGGGGUGUAGUGCAAAAACCCUCACGGAGGCACACGAAGCUGUGAAGGCGAGCCUUCAGGGGCACUGGCGAAGAGCCUUCCGGCGGACACCAGAGUACUUCCGGCUUGUCUACGGCGACAAGGACGUUCAUGCCCUUGAGAUGAGUCAUGGCCACGAUCAUGGAAACUCCACGGUUUCCAGACUAUCCAAACUCAAGGGGGUCAUUCGGGGAGCAGUGGAUGGGGCUCCGCUAGAGGCUACGGAAAUUCCCACCGUAUGGGAUGCGUUUAGUGAAACACAGGCUGCUGCACCAAAUCCUACCAUCUACAGUUCCAUGACGCAGAAAUUGCGAAAGGAACGCGGACAGAAUUUGGACAAUUUCAUGGUGAGCUUCAUGCAGUCCAUUGAACAGACCACGGAUGUGGGGGAGGAUGUGAUUGAGUUGCGGGAAGAGAAUGAACGGCAGCAACGUCCCAAUCCUCCGGGACGGAAUCUCAUCUACGGGGAUUUAUUUGCCGUACACAAAAAUGCCCAUCUACUGCACAAUUCUUCCCUGGCGCUGCCUUACACCAUCAAGGGACCAUCGCAGUGUCUCGUGUACAUUUGAGUUUGUGUUGAAAAAUCUGAAAUUUUUGUGGCCGGUUUUUUAGUGACUCGAAUUCUUGUUGUACCAACUGUGAUAGUUAAAUUCAUUCUGGCCCUAAUACGUCUCUCACGCACCACGGUGGAUUCCCUAAUUUGCCGUGGCUUGGCCAAACUGCUCCAGGUGGGUUUGCACGAGCCACGUCUUGCAUUCCUCCUCACCCUGCUGGAAGAGCAAAUUUUCGAUGAGAAGCACACCCAAGUGGGUGAAAUGGAGCUCCAGCAGCGCCGUGACUUGGCUAGAAUGCGAAUUGUACGCGUAGCACGGCAACUGGGUAGUGUUGUGGACACCCUGCAGUCCCCUGCACUCAAUAAGCACCUCAUCUACUGUCUCUUUGACACAAUUCUCGCGGAAAUGUUCCCCGAAAUGGAUCAUUCUGCACGUGAAUAGGACAAUUUGUUUAGCUUUGGUUGUUAUUUAUUUUAUAAAAAAAAAAUCAUAAAAAAUAAAAUCAUUUGUACAGUUCGUUUUUUGUCAAAAAAAAAAUAAUAUUAGGUGAAAUUUAUUAAAGAAAGGGACUCAAUGAAA